CCGCUUUCCACACGCAUGGAGAUGCUCUGAGAAGACCCUCACGACUUUUUGCGGCGUUUCUGAAAGCUCCUUUGAAGAAGACAUGCAGCAGAGGCCCGUGUGCGCGGGGUGCCGCAGGCCCAUCGCCGACAGGUUCCUGCUCCGGGUAGCGGACGGCCUCCGGCAUGAAGCGUGCGCGCGCUGCUGGGCGUGCGGGGACGAGCUGCGAGACUCGUGCUUCGUGCGGGAUCAGCGACUCUACUGCAAACGGGACUAUGCUGAGCUGUUUGUAGUACGCUGCGCCGGCUGCGCGGCGGGCAUCUCCCCCGCAGAGCUGGUGCUGCGAGCCGGGCCCGCCGUCUUCCACUUGCGCUGCUUCGCCUGCAGCGUGUGCUCCGCCCCGCUGAGGACCGGAGACCGCUGCGUGGUCAGGGAAGGCCGGCCGCUGUGCGCCAGGGGGGGCUACCACCAGCGUGCGGCCAGCCCGACUUCAUCCGACACAGGUAAAAGCGACAAUGCCGUCGAAGAUAACGAGGAGGAGGAGGAGGAGGAGGACUCAGGGACUGCCACAAGUCGACGGACUAAACGUGAUAGGCAGGAAAGUAAACGUCCCAAAAGGCCUCGCACCAUUUUGACCACCCAGCAAAGACGCAUCUUCAAAGCCUCCUUUGAGGUUUCCUCCAAGCCGUGUCGGAAGGUACGGGAGACCCUGGCAGCGGACACCGGCCUCACUGUCCGGGUCGUGCAGGUCUGGUUCCAGAACCAAAGAGCCAAGAUGAAGAAACUGGCCAGGAGGCAACAGCAGCAGGAACAGGAGCAGCCGACUCAGGAGCAACAAGCACAGCGAGCCCAUCGCAAAGCGCCCCCCAACGGCCUUGCUACCUCUCAGCUGGAGCAGCUGGCGUCUUCCUACCCGCACGUCCAGCAGCAGCAGCAGCAGCAGCAGAUGGGAUUCACUACGGUGGAGCAGCAAGACUUUGACGUGGACCCCUUCAGACAUGGCCUGACCCCACCUCAGAUGCCAGGGGAUCACAUGUACCCCUACGGUUUGAAGGCCCUUUACGGCGAUGUCCCAGAAGCCGACUACCUGUCACUGGGCGACACCUCCUCCCUCCUCACCCCCAUCGACCGCCUCUGUUCCAUGCAGGACUCGUACUUCACCUCCUGAGGGAGGAUCCUCAUCACGGCCAUUCUUUAUUUAUGCACGGGGACCAAGCACUGGUGGCCCAACUGGUUAGAGCAUUGGCCUCAGAAUUCUGAGGCGCAGGGUUCAAAUCCCAGCCCUGCCUGUGUGGAGUUUGCAUGUUCUCCUCAUGCCUGCGUGGGUUUCCUGGGGGCACUCCGUUUUCCUCCAACAUCCCAAAAACAUGCAUUCAUCUUUAGACUCUAAAUUUCCCCUAGGUGUGAUUGUGAGUGCGACUGGUUCUUUGUCUCUAUGUGCCCUAUGAUUGGCUGGCAACCAGUUCAAGGUGUACUCCAUCUCCUGCUGGGAUAGGCUCCAGGAUUCCCCGACCCUCGUGAGGAUAAGCGGCUGAGAAAAUGGAUGGAUGCCCCGUGCACAGAGGCCAA